AUGCUCUUCUGGUUCGACGACGGACCUGGAACGAGAAAGGCUUCGACAACUCUGCGCUCGGCUACCACAAUCUUGCCAACGCUCUUUGCUUCGACUCUCUUUGUUCUUGUGCUGCUUGGACAGGUCAACUGUGAGUACAAUGGCCCCAUUGGAUUCUACGAUCACACUCUGAAGGAUGGUCAAGUCACGCUCGCUGCUGGCUCCGAUGUUGCCGACGAAGACAACAUCAAAAAGUACACGGAGCGCGCAGGAUCCUGUGAUGUUAGAAUUAAUGACGAUGGAAAUGUUGUGGUCUACUACAAGGGAAAAAACGCAGCCAAGAACGAGAACACAAAGAAAAAUGGUUGCGCGUUGGACCUGCUCACAAAACAUUCGGACUACAUCGAGUUCAGUGUUGGAGUGAAAAACAAAGAUGAGAUUGCGUCGUGCUUGAAACUUUGUGGAAAUGAAUUAGAACACAAUGGGGAUAAUCAGAAAAACAUUGAAUAUAAUCUGUUAGUUUAUUCUCUCCAUAACUUAUCAUUUUCUAUUCUUUUUAGAAUUCCCUUCGCCUACAGCUACAGCACAACUAAAGAAAACAUCACGAAGCUUAAGAAAGGUCCGGUCUAUGGCGACGGGGGAGAGAAAUGUGUGGAUGAGCAUUGUACACGUCAGGGUAUAAAACGUUGCAUGCAGUGGACCUCUCUUGCGAUUGCUUGGAACAUUUGUUUUAAAUUUGGUGGCUCUAGUGAGAUAGAAGCCCAAACUCAUGUCAAACCGAUUGGUCUAGUCCGUUCGUGGAGUGCGUCACAAACUGUUGGCACUUUCAAAAAUCUUAUAGUGUACAUAGUAUAUGAUGGCGAAUUCGGUAUUCGAUUGGAGGGUGACGACAGAAAUAGUCGAAAUUAUGCGGAGAAUAAAGAUAUUUUCUGCCUUGCCGAAGGUAUUGCCCAACCUCGCACUUGGAAGGUCAACGGGUCAAAUCCAUCUAAAGACCAAAGCUAUAAUCGUCUACUUACCUUCUACCUGCUUCCUCUAAACUCUAUGCAAGUCAACAACUUGUUCGAACCUAAAGAUCCAGUGUGUGACCAACUCUACAUUCAAUUCAACAAGACUGACUACAAACUUUUGGUUGCCGACCCAAAAACUAUGCCCGACGAGCCAAAAACACAGCCCACAAAGCCACCUGUAAAACCCACUGUAAAGUCAACACAGAAGACAACAACAACGGAACCUCCAAGCAAUAACAUGGUGUGGGUGUAUGUCGUCGGUGGUGUGCUUUUUGUCGUUGCUCUGAUUGUUGCUGUAUUCAUCUGCUUUGUAGUUAAUAAAAAGAAGGCUGAUCCGCUGAAGAGCGGUAAAGGAGGAGUCUCGACUGUAGCGAAGUCGAAGGUGGACGAGAAGACGAAAGAGAAAACGAAGGUGGACGAGAAAACGAAGUCGAAAGUGGACGAGAAAACGAAGACGAAGGUGGACGAGAAAACGAAGAUGAAGGAGAAGCCGAAGGCUGGCCAGCGCAAGUGACGGGAGGACUAUAAAAGAAGCAGAUGUGUUCAGGAUAGGAUAAACUAAUAAACCGAAAGAUGACGGUGUUGAAGAGAAAAGUCAGA